AUGUCUGAUGAUGUUACACCAGCUGCAUUUGAAAGAAUGAGGAACAUUGUUAUGUUAUUGCUGAAGACCAUUAAGAUCAGUGAAAGCAAUUGCCCAACAGGCGCUCGUGUCUCUGUUGUUUCUUUCAAUACCAACAUGCACUACCUCAUCCGAUUCUCUGAAUUCCAAAAGAACAACUUGCUGCUACAAGCCAUCCAGAGCAUCCCACUAGAGAGAUCCAGUGGAAAACGAAAUAUUGGGGCAGCCAUGAGAUUUGUUGCAAGAAAUGUCUUCAAACGUGUUCGUCAGGGCAUCCUCACAAGAAAAGUUGCCCUGUUUUUUGCCAAUGGUCCAUCACAGGAUGAUGUUGCCAUCAGCACAGCUGUGCUUGAGUUGAGUGCCUUGGAUAUCACUCCAGUGGUUAUUGCCUUCAGUGAGGUGCCAAAUGUCAGACGUGCCUUCUCUGUAAGUAGAGCCUGUUGA